AUGGAAUCCGACCAAUAUGAAAGAUCAACCGACGUCAACAGGGUUUCGGACGGUAGAUAUGAAGAUGACUUUGCCAAAUACGGAAUGACAAUGCCAAAUGGAGAAUCAGUUUCAAAUGGUGAAUCAGUUCCAAAUGGUGAAUCAGUUUCAAAUGGUGAAUCUGUCCCAAAUUGUGAAUCAGUUUCAAAUGGUGAAUCAGUUUCAAAUGUCGAAUCUGUUACGAAUGGUGAUUUAAAUAUUUCGAGCGCCGCUUACACCAAUCGGAAUGGGAAACUUGAUGUUACCAGCAGUGAACGUACGGGUCCAAGGGGUGAUGCUGGUGAUGCUGGUGAUCUGAGUUGUGAACUUCCUGUUCCAGAUGAUGGAGGAUGGGGAUGGAUGGUGGCAUUUGCAUCAUUUAUGCACAAUUUCCUGUUAGAUGGAGUGAUAUACACAUUUGGAAUAUUUUUUGAUGACUUCCUGCAGCAUUUUGGUGACAGUAAAGGCAAAACACAGACUCUCAGCUCCGUGAUAGGUGGAAGUUACCUAUUGAUUGGUCCAUUGGUUGGAGUGAUAGAAAGCCGGUUCCAAUGUCGGAGAGUGGCUAUAGUUGGAGCUAUGGUAGCCAGUCUGGGGCUGUUCCUCUCCACAUUCUCUCCAAACCUUGACAUCAUGAUUUUACUUUACGGCAUUGUCGGGGGUACUGGCUUUGGGCUGGUGUAUGGACCUUCAAUAUUAAUAGUGAGUUACUACUUCAACAGACGCCGUGCCCUAGCUACAGGGAUAGCCGUAUGUGGGUCGGGUAUCGGCGGCUUCGUCUUUGCACCACUUGGUGCCUUGCUGCUUGAGGUGUACGGCUGGAAGGGCGCCAUGUGGAUCAUCUCCGCGAUCGUAUUGAAUGGGGUUGUGUUUGCAGCACUUUACAGGCCAAUUCAGUCGGAAAAGAAGAAACUGCUUGAUCAAACAAAAAUACCAGGAAAUAAAUCUCCGUGCUCUUCUCUAAGACAGACAUUAGGGAUUUCAAUGUUAGCAAGUCCAUCCGUGAUUGUUUACAUUGUAUCAUGUUUCCUGGUGUCUACUGGAUUCUACAUUCCGUUCAAUUUCCUGCCAGCGUUUGCUAAGGAGAUUGGACUAUCAGCCUCUGAAGGGGCCCUCCUCAUAUCCAUCAUCGGGAUCUUUAACACACUUUUGAGGGUUGUGAUUGGCAUUGUGUCAGAUCGAUCCUGGGCUGACUGUAUCCUGACCAACGGUGUGGUUCUGGUAGUAGGGGGAAUAACAACCUUCUUCAUACCAUAUUACACGUCCUUCGGUGUCCUGGCUGGUUAUUCCGCCAUCUUCGGGUCUACGAUAGGGAUUUUCGUUCCAUUAAAAUCAAUCAUUUUGAUAGAGUUGAAAGGAAUCUCGAAGUUGACAACAGGAUUUGGUUUAUUGAGUUUGUGCAUUGGAGUUGCCGUGGUCAUUGGAUCCCCUAUAGCAGGGUAUUUGUCGGACAUGACUGGAGACUUUAGUGUAGUUUUCUAUCUCUCUGGCACGACUAUAACGCUAGGUGGCGUACUAUGUCUACCUCUACGAAAAAUUCUGAAAUGGGAACAACAAAAACGAGAUCUUCAAACACACGAUUCAACGUUAACCGUGGACACGUAUAUGUAGAGAUUAAAUAUAUGUACUUCAUUGAUGUGAUAUAUGUACUUUAUUGAUGGGAUAUAUGUACUUUUAGAUAUAUGUACUCCAUUGAUGUGAUAUAUGUACUCCAUUGAUGUGAUAUAUGUACUUUUAGAUAUAUGUACUCCAUUGAUGUGAUAUAUGUACUCCAUUGAUGUGAUAUAUGUACUUCAUUGAUGUGAUAUAUGUACUUCAUUGAUUUGAUAUAUGUACUUCAUUGAUGUGAUAUAUGUACUUCAUUGAUGUGAUAUAUGUACUUCAUUAAUCAGAUAUAUGUACUUCAUUGAUCAGAUAUAUGUACUUCAUUGAUGUGAUAUAUGUACUUCAUUGAUGUGAUAUAUGUACUUCAUUGAUGUGAUAUAUGUGCUUCAUUGAUGUGAUAUAUGUACUUUAUUGAUGUGAUAUAUGUACUUCAUUGACGUGAUAUAUGUACUUCAUUGAUCAGAUCUAUGUACUUCAUUGAUCAGAUAUAUGUACUUCAUUGAUGUGAUAUAUGUACUUCAUUGAUGAGAUAUAUGAACUUCAUUAAUCAGGUAUAUGUACUUCAUUGAUGGGAUAUAUGUACUCCAUUGAUCAGAUAUAUGUACUUCACUGAACAGAUAUAUGUACUUCACUGAUCAGAUAUAUGUACUUCAUUGAUCAGAUAUAUGUACUUCAUUGAUCAGAUAUAUAUACUUCAUUGAUCAGAUAUAUGUACUUCAUUGAUAGGAUAUAUGUACUUCAUUGAUCUGAUAUAUGUAUUUCAUUGAUGUGAUAUAUGUACUUCAUUGAUGAGAUAUAUGAACUUCAUUAAUCAGAUAUAUGUACUUCAUUGAUGAGAUAUAUGUACUUCAUUGAUCAGAUAUAUGUACUUCAUUGAUCAGAUAUAUGUACUUCAUUGAUGGGAUAUAUGUACUUCAUACCUGUGAUAUAUGUACUUCAUUGAUGUGAUAUAUGUACUUCAUUGAUGUGAUAUAUGUACUUCAUUGAUGUGAUAUAUGUACUUCAUUGAUGUGAUAUAUGUAAUUCAUUCAUCAGAUAUAUGUACUUCAUCGAUCAGAUGUAUGUAAUUAAUUGAUCAGAUAUACGUAAAUUCAAUUGUGACAAUGAUGUGAUAUUAUGUACGUCAAUGAGCUGAGCAGAUAUGUGUACUUCAUCAAUCAGAUAAAUGCAUUUUAUUGA